GAUACCUUCAUCGUCAUCUGCGACCAGACUCAAAGCUUAACGCUUUCAACCGAAGAACGAAACUCCCCAUCACUGCCCCACACACACAUCAAACAUUGCUUUGCUUUCAGUUAACCACCUUAAUACAACCGCAUCCAGAACCCGAAUGUUCCGUUGACUUUCACUCUCGUUGCGCCACCAUGGAACCACCCAACUUCUUCGAUCUCCUUGCCAAGGACCUUCUCUACGCCAUCCUCGACCACCUCCGCGACGACCCUUUUGCCCCAAAAUUCUUCUCCCAAGCCUGCAAGUCCUUCUACGCGCUCGAGUCAACGCACCGCACCGCUCUCAAGCCACGUCGCCUUGACUUCCUCCCCAGAGCCUCUCGGCGCUACCCUUCCAUCUUGCACCUCGACCUCACGCUCUGUCCCUGCGUCGAUGAUUUCGCCCUCAAGGCCCUCUCGCUCGCUUGGCGCUCUUCCCUGCGCUCCGUUGAUCUCUCCAGGUGCAGGCUGUUCUCGCACGUGGGACUCUCCGCUCUCGCUCUCAACUGCACGUGCCUGGUGGAGCUUGACCUGUCCAACAGACCGGACCUCACUGACGUGGCGGCCAAGGCAAUCGCCGAGGCUGUGAACUUGGAGAGGCUGCGUUUGGGAAGGUGUAAGGGAAUAACGGACAUGGGGAUUGGGUGCAUAGCUGUCAAGUGUGAAAGGUUGAGGCAUGUUGUGUUGAGGUGGUGCAUUCGGGUCACUGAUUUUGGGGCUGGUUUGAUUGCUAUAAAGUGCAAGGAGAUUCGGAGUUUGGAUCUGUCUUAUAUGCCGCAGAUCACAGAAAGAUGUCUUAAUCAUAUCCUUCAAUUAGAACAUCUAGAAGAUUUGGUUCUUGAGCAUUGUCUGGGCAUUGAGGAUCACGGCCUUGCAACCCUCCAAGCAAACUGCAAGUCAAUGAAGAUGCUUAACUUGUCAAAAUGUCAAAACAUUGGUCAUAUUGGCAUUGCUUCUCUAACAAAUGGUGCUCAGAACUUAGAAAAGCUUAUCCUAUCUUCUAGCGUGGUUGUUACUACUGAUCUGGCAAAGUGUCUACAAAGUUUUCCAAGACUGCAAUUGGUGAAACUCGAUGGUUGUUUGGGUGUAGAGUCAGGAUUAAAAGCCAUCGGUUAUGCGUGCAACUCACUCAAAGAGCUGAACUUAAGUAAAUGUGUUGGAGUCACUGAUGAGAAUCUCUCCUUUCUUCUGAAAACAAACAAAAACCUGGAGAAGUUAGACAUAACAUGCUGUCGUACAAUAACACCUGAAUUCAUGCCCAACCUAACAAAUUCAUGUUUACGGCUUACAUCCCUUAGAAUGGAAUCUUGUAGCUUGAUCAGCAGAGAAGGUUUCUUAUUUAUUGGACAGUGUCAACUGUUGGAAGAAUUAGAUGUCACAGAUACUGAAAUAGAUGACAUAGGGCUUUGUUCAAUCUCAAGAUGUACCAAACUUUCUAGUCUGAAGUUGGGCAUAUGUUUGAUGAUAACUGAUAAAGGACUAAAGCAUAUUGCUAACAGUUGUUCAGAGCUCCAACAUCUUGAUCUUUACAGGAGUUCAAGAAUAACCGAUGAGGGAAUUAUUGCAAUUGCCCUUGGCUGUCCUUCACUUAGGGUUGUUAACAUUGCUUACAACAGCAACAUCACAGAUUCUUCACUGGCAUUUCUUUCAAAAUGCCAAAAACUGAGAACUCUAGAAAUCCGAGGGUGCCCUCAUAUUUCACCACAGGGUCUCUCAAAUGUUGUUGUCGGUUGUAGGAAUCUUGAGAAUCUAGACCUGAAGAAGUGCCGCAAAAUUAAUGAUACUGGAAUGAUUCAGUUGGCUCAACAUUCUCAAAGCCUAAAACAGAUAAAGCUAUCAUAUUGCUCGGUGACCGAUGUGGGGCUCAUUGCACUUGCUAGAAUAAGCUGCCUGCAGUAUAUAUCCAUUUUUCACGUAGAGGGUUUAACUUCAAAUGGCCUAGUAGCUUUUCUUUUGGCUUGUCAAAGUUUAACAAAAGCGAAGUUGCACGCAUGCUUCGAGCCACUGAUUCCUCAACAAAUUCUAAAAUUCAUGGAAGCUCGUGGAUGUGUGCUUGUUUGGAGGGAAAAAACGUUUGAAGCCUCUUGGUGGGACUAGGUUCAAAAGGGUGGAAGCUACACACUUGAAGGAGUUUGUAAGCUCUGUAGUGGCAACGAAAAUGUUAUGCCAAAUCUUUGGAAAUGAACAGCAAUGUUACAAAGACAGACGAAGUUGUAGCUGCUAGGCUUGUCUUGUGUCAGCAUAGGAGGAAGCGAUGAGGAAACUUCCCAAGUGCAUUAGGCUCAGUCAAAGAUUUCCAUUGUUGGCUUUUCAAAAUCAUAAAUGGUCAAAAUGGAUAUGAUAUGCGCCAUUUGUUACAAGUUAUAGUAUUUUGACGGUCCAAUAUAGUUUCCCUCCGUCAAAAGUCAUUGCUGAGUGUUACAUAAAGGCUAAGUGAAAGCAAAACAUUGUUUUCAAGUGUAUUAAUACGAUGUUGUUUUCACACGAAUGUGGAGGGGCCAGGAAAUGGAUUGGGUGAAAUAAGUACAGUAUGGACUCAAUUUUUGUUGCAAGUAAAAGCUUUUUUGAAAAGCGCGUUUAGAUAUUAUGAUAAUGGUGGUGCUAAUGCACCAUCCUUGAUCGAA